AAUUUUCUUAACGUAGAUCCUUUGUUUGACAAGAACGUGAAAAUAAAUAUAAAAGAUCCUCAAAUAGCUCGGAUAUCUCUUAGGUUGAAUGAUUGCUUCCAAUAUCAAUUUCGUGAUUAUUUGAUGACUUCAAAGUGUAAAUUUGUAAUUCAUACAUGACGUUAACUCCAAUGAAUUCAGGUUUCUGCAAGACUAUCGAAAAAAUCGCGAAUGUGAAACUAUUAAAGCGACUCGCGAAAUGCUUACAAAAACGUGAAGAACAAAAAAAUCGCUCGACAUUUAAAUGUUACAUAUAUUUGCAAAAAGUGAAGGGAGCUUGGUAACGAAAAUCAGAUCGCACUAUCAGAGAUUGCGAAUUGUGCUAGGUAAAUGCUGAGCCGCGGUUUGACUGCAUACUUGUUCAGUAGGCAUUUCGAAGCCAAGAGUUCGGUAGACACUCGACGGAACUAGUCUACUAAAGAGUCACUGACUGCGACCACAUUACUCACUAAGUGGGAAAACUGCAGUGAAGGCAAACUGCAUUGUGAUAGUGACAAAAUCCUGUUUGAAUUCCGUAAUAAGUUGAUUGAGAGGAGCAUUCGAAGUUAGACACUUGCUUCUGUGCAAAGUUUAAACCCCAAAGUUAUGUGGGAGUAUUGAAGGAAGAUACAUUUCUUUCUGUAAUUGUUCAAUCGUUUCCUGGUUUCAUUACCGCGGAAUAGUUUCGCGUGUGUUCAUAGUUUUUCCUAUUCCGCUCGUAUUUUUGAGCAGAAGUCAAACGAAGCAGUGUGUGGCUUCUUAAGUGAUUGUGAAAGUUUUACUAUUCGUUGCGUUUAAUACUCGUCGAUUCGUUUGUUUUGCCUCGACAACGUCUUACUGUAGUUGUUGCACCAAUUUAACUGGUCGUUUUAUUACGAUUUUUCAAGAGAUUUCCUCACUUGUUACGGGAGCUCUAACACUGCCACCGACAAUUGGCCACGAUAGCUUGAGAAACGAGAGCAAUAGAAACGAACAUCUCCGUUUUGACUUUUUCUGCAUCGGCGACCAGCAAUGGAAUGAGAGGUAGCAGCAGCAGACGCUGAUGUUGUGCAACACUUCAUGCUCGGUUCACAUUUAACUAUUUCUGGAACUGAGCGGACUUCUGGAUUCAUCCUUCGUAUUUCCAAAUAAAGGUUGAAAUUGUUUUCAGUCAGUGCGUUGCUCGAUUUCGAGGCGACGAUAAAAGUGACCGUUGCGUGGCGUGCAGGCUCCCGGUUAAGUUCCCACUAAAGCAAUGCCGAUCAAAUCCUUUUAAGAAACGCGUUAUAAGGAACAAAUGCAACAAAUUGACGGGUGUAUUCCUACUUGACGUAACUUAAAAAUAAUACGUAUGUUUGUUAGGGGGAAGUCCGUUUCAAAAAAAAUCCUAACGUCAUUGGCUGUAAUUUCGAAGUACAUCCCGACUUAGUGAAUUCUACCUGCCGGAGUCGACUUAUCAGAUUCAUUUAAAUUAUUAACCCCCAAGGCUUGAUAAUGAAUUUACGGAACUGUACGAAACGACAUGACUUUGGAUGUAAUAACAAAUCAGCAAGAAAAGCAGUACGAGAACAAUUAUCGCUAUCAUCAGCAUCUGCAGGCACAUCAGCAAAAAAAAUGUCGACCACGUGUCAAGAUAAAAUCUUCAUUAAUAACUUCCGGACUAAACCACGAGGCGAGAAAAGAUGGUUCCUAGGGGAUUUUAAUAAAUUGUAUAGUAUUUUUUUAUUCGUAAUAUUAUUUGUCAGUUACCAAUAUGUGGAAGUUGUGCAGUGCGCUGGAAAUAAUUCCAACAAUAUUGACGUUGCUGAGAAUGUGGUAACACUGCACAGUGUUAUGCCCGAAAGUGAAAACAUAAGUAACAGCAACAAAGAUAACAACGAAUUUUUAAACAAACCACACGUUCUUGAUGUGAAUAAUUUUCAUGACGUGACAUUCAGUGAUGUGAACUUAAAUGACGAAAAUUAUAAUAUCGAAAGUAAUAGUGUUAAGCGCUACUCUAAUAGUACAGUAAAAAUCAACACGAAUAGUAUACGUAAGCCUGCAAUUUAUUUAAAUGAAUUUGCUGUCUAUAUACCGGCUGGCCAAGAUGUAGCUGAUAGCAUCGCAUCGAAACAUGGAUUUGUAAAUAUGGGACAGAUCGGAAGUUUGAAAGGCUACUACCUUCUCCACCACAAUCAUGUAUCAAAGCGUUCGUUGAGCAGAAGUGAUACUCACCACAACGCCUUAAAUUCCGAACCUGAGGUACGAUGGAUGCAGCAACAGAAUGAAAAAGUUCGCAAAAAACGUGAUUACAAUCCCGGUAUACGAUUUCCAGGACUCUCAUUCACGCCGAGCCCGACUACAGGAUUGGGUCUAGGUAGUCUUUUGAAGGGAAUCGCUCCUCAAUCGCGACUAGAAUAUCGUGAUGCAACGCCGCAUACGAUAUUCCCAGAUCCACUAUUCAAAGAACAAUGGUACCUGGUGAGUAGAAAUGGUGGCGCCAAAGAUGGCCUUGAUAUGAACAUAGGACCAGCCUGGCAGAAAGGAUAUACAGGAAAAGGCGUUGUCGUAUCCAUCCUUGAUGAUGGCAUUCAGACAAAUCAUCCUGAUCUCGCGCAAAAUUAUGAUCCAGAUGCAUCAUAUGAUAUUAACGGGAACGAUUCCGAUCCGAUGCCCCAAGAUAAUGGAGAUAACAAACAUGGAACUAGAUGUGCUGGAGAAGUUGCCUCUGUUGCUUUCAACAAUUAUUGUGGAGUUGGUGUAGCGUAUAAUGCUAGCAUUGGUGGUGUUCGAAUGCUUGAUGGCAGUGUAAACGAUGCGGUUGAAGCAAAGGCGUUAAGCUUAAAUCCACAACAUAUCGACAUUUAUAGUGCCUCCUGGGGACCUGAAGAUGAUGGAUCAACUGUAGACGGUCCGGGUCCAUUGGCUAGACGUGCCUUCAUCUACGGCGUGACAAGUGGACGUCAUGGCAAAGGAUCAAUAUUUGUAUGGGCAUCGGGUAAUGGAGGACGUUAUACAGACUCGUGUAACUGCGACGGAUACACUAAUUCAAUUUUCACGCUGUCAAUUUCAAGCGCAACACAAGGAGGUUUCAAACCAUGGUAUUUGGAAGAAUGUUCCUCCACACUGGCUACUACUUAUAGUUCGGGAACUCCUGGUCACGAUAAAAGCGUGGCAACCGUCGACAUGGACGGAAGACUUCGACCAGAUCAUAUAUGCACCGUAGAACACACAGGAACGUCGGCUUCUGCUCCGCUUGCUGCAGGGAUAUGCGCUUUAGCCCUUGAAGCCAAUCCUUACCUUACGUGGCGAGAUAUGCAAUAUUUAGUUGUGAUGACGUCGCGGCCAGAACCUUUGGAAAAAGAGGCAGGUUGGCUUUUAAAUGGCGUUAAAAGGAAAUAUAGCCACAAAUUCGGUUAUGGUUUAAUGGAUGCCGGAGCUAUGGUUAGCUUGGCAGAACAGUGGACUUCUGUACCAAAUCAGCACAUUUGUAAAUCUCGCGAAAAUAACGAAGAUCGGCAAAUAGAAGGAACCUACGGAUAUACACUUCAAAUUCAUAUGGACGUAAAUGGAUGCGCGGGAACUUUGAAUGAAGUUCGUUAUCUAGAACAUGUUCAAUGUAAAAUCACAUUAAGAUUUUUCCCAAGAGGGAAUUUACGAAUACUACUCACUUCACCGAUGGGAACAACAAGUACCUUGCUAUUUGAACGUCCAAGGGACAUUGUAAAGUCGAAUUUCGACGAUUGGCCAUUCCUAAGUGUUCAUUUCUGGGGGGAACGAGCUGAAGGCAGAUGGACACUGCAAAUCAUUAAUGGCGGAAGACGACGUGUAAAUCAGCCCGGAAUUUUAUCAAAAUGGCAACUGAUUUUCUAUGGGACUCAAGUGAAUCCGAUUCGUCUGAAGAAUGGCGGGCAGGAUCCAUCGAAUGUACGAAGAGUAACUGGAUUAAACCCUUUUGUUUUCCCCACUGAUACUGAUUUGGGACAAACACAGAGUGGAAACGCUUAUUACAAUUCUGAUCCUUAUGGGUAUUUGAAUUAUCAGAAUUUAUUUACGGGAGCUGGAAGCAGUCCAGAAAAAUCUGUUGCCACCGUGGAUGGUCACAAUAUUCCAACUCCACAAAGACAAAAUGUUAUGGCUGAUUCGAACAAUAAAAUCGUCUUACAUGAUUGCGAUCCAGAAUGUGAUUCUCAAGGAUGCUAUGGGCGUGGACCCACACAGUGUGUAGCUUGCAAACAUUAUCGAUUAGAUAACACAUGCGUAAGUCGUUGUCCUCCACGAAGUUUCCCCAAUCAGGGUGGAGUUUGUUGGCCUUGCCAUGAGUCUUGUGAGACUUGCGCUGGUGCAGGCCAGGAUAGUUGCCUUACAUGUGCACCAGCUCAUCUCCACGUUACCGACUUAGCAGUGUGCUUGCAAAUUUGCCCUGAAGGAUAUUAUGAAAACUAUGAUAAUAAAACAUGUGUCCCGUGUGAAGCCAACUGUGCGUCGUGCCAAGACCGUCCUGAUUACUGUACAAGUUGUGACCAUCACUUAGUUAUGCAUGACCACAAAUGCUAUUCGGCCUGUCCAGAACAUACCUUUGAGACAGAAGACUACAACUGCGCUUCUUGUCAUCUAUCCUGUUCAACAUGUAAUGGCUCUUCAGAAUCUCAGUGCAUCACUUGUCGCUCCGGACGUUUCGCUUUGGACGGCAAAUGCCUAAACAGUUGCCCAGCCGGAUAUUAUGGCGACAAGAAACGCCAGGAAUGUGUCCCAUGCCCAAUCGGAUGCGCAACAUGUAGCAGUAAUGGAAUCUGUCUGACAUGCAAGGACAAUUGGGUUCUAAAUAAGAAAAAUAAAUGUAUCGUGAAGGGAAGUGAUGCUUGUGAUGACUCUGAAUAUUUUGAUAACGGUCACUGCCAUCCAUGCCACUCAACGUGUGAAACCUGCGAUGGGCCAACAGAGACAAAUUGCCUAAAAUGUCCACCGAGUCUACUAUUACAAUCAAAUCGAUGUGUAAGCACCUGUGACGAUGGAUAUUACAUGGAAGCUGGAGUAUGUGCCAAAUGUCUACAUACGUGUACACAAUGCGUGUCACGUAUGAAUUGCACAGCAUGUGCCAAAGGUCUUCAAUUACAAAGUGGCGAAUGUAGGACUACGUGCGCUGACGGAUAUUACAGUGACCGUGGCACGUGUGCGAAAUGUUAUUUGAGUUGCCGGACAUGCAGUGGACCUCGUCGUGAUCAGUGUGUGGAGUGUCCGCCGGGUUGGCAACUAGCAGGCGGGGAGUGUCAUCCAGAAUGUCCGGAAGGAUUCUAUAAGUCGGAAUUCGGGUGCCAAAAAUGCCACCACUACUGCAAAACGUGCAACGGUGCUGGACCAUUAGCUUGCAGCUCCUGCCCGUUUCAUUUCAUGUUGGAUGGUGGACUUUGCAUGGAAUGCCUUGGUUCGCAAUAUUACGAUUCCCCAACACAGAAAUGUAAAAGUUGCCAUGAAUCAUGUCGGUCGUGUACUGGCCCGGGUCAAUAUUCUUGCAAGACAUGUGCUUUCCCACUUCACUUAGAUCGGCUUAAUAACCAAUGUGUGCCUUGUUGUCCAACAGACGCUUCACCUGAUGAUCAGUCCUGCUGUCAUUGCGAUAAAGACACCGGUCAAUGUAUAAACGCCUCGCCGGCCGGCAAGAGAAGAAUUGCAGCUGGAGCUGAGCAGCAAUUUGGAAAUAACGAUGGUUAUAAUAUGGGAUUGUCAGAUGGUGAGCCAACAGGUGUUCUAUCACAGGUGGUAUCACCAUUUACAACAAUUACUGCCAUCGCAGUUGCGGGAUGCCUAAUGAUUGUGACCAUAUUUGCAAUUAUUUUCGCCAUUCUCCAGAGAAACAGCUAUAGCCCAAAAGGUGCCUCGAAACGUACCCACACAGGCGUGAGAUACAACAAAUUACCCACAAAAUCUAAAAAGUCACUAUCACCGUCAACGACAACUUUGCAAAUAAAUUUAAAUGAGGUUGAUGAAGAUGUUGACUACUAUGAUGAUGAUGAGUCGGGUGACGAAGAUGAGCACAGCACUGGCACGGAACGCCAAUACCGUGACAAUGCGAAUAGCCGUGGCUUGGAAUAUAAGGACUCUGAAGAUGUAAGGUGUACGGAAAUACCAUUCAAGACGGGUGUAAUUAGCAAGCUUUCUCCAAAUUUAAAUGGUGCAAUGAUCGACAGCCACCGGACAGUCUCUUUGGAAUAUAGUAAUAUAUGUGCGUCGAGCGAUGGGAGUACGAGGAGUCGUGAGGAAUAUAGGCAGCUAUCAGAUGGAAACACCUCUAAACUAUAUACUAGUAAAAAUGAUUUUAAUGUGUCCAGUAAUAAUAGAAAAGACUGUGCAGAUAACCUAAAGUCACGAAAAGUAUCAGAUGAAUUUGAAGCCAGCAUCCGCGGAAUGUCGAGGAGAAAUCACAAUGCAAUCAACUUGAGAACUAGUGAUGACCAGGGCAGUGAGAGUAGCAACUACAACAGUAAUAGAGAAGAAAUGUCUCUUUUCACUGAAACCUAGGAGUAAACGUGUUUCAAUUUCCUCACAACCUCUUUAAAUUUUUUUCUUGAUUUUGUAUCUGUUACUUAGUAUUUUGUCCUUCCCUAUCCAGUUUCGUUUAAAAAACUUGAUUGAAAAAAGCGAUGCCUUGGUUAGACAUAAUUUAAUGAAAGUUUUCCUUCUACCUUUAUUUUGCUUUACUAGCAUAUAUUUUAUUAUUUUCCCAUUGUUAAGUGAGUUUUAGAGACUUUUUGAAAAUAAGAAAUCUGCAAACGAAUAAACAAUAUUUGAAGUAAGCCUAUAUUAUUUGUUUUCAUCAUUGACCAUUUUAUUCUAUUUUAUUGUUGUCUGUGUCUAUGUUGAGCUAGAGAUUCGUUGGACGUGAGUUGCAUUUCUUGAACAUUAGGUUAGUUUGCUUUUGUUAGUUAAACAAAUUAUGGUAAAAGGAAUUGAGUGAUAUUUACAAUUAUGACACAAAAAACAAGAGGAAUAUACAAAUUAAGUGCCACUUGGGAAUAUAGAAAAUCAAAGAAAACUUUUAACACACUUUGCAUCUCCAGAAAACAAACUGAAUUCCAGAGUGAAAAAAUUAACCACAUAGAUUUAGGUAUAGAAAUCCGAAGAACUAACACAGUAAAAAUAUGUAAAUAAAA